AUGAAGCGCCUCGAUCUCCAAGGCCUCAGAGGUCUUUCAAUUCUCGCAGUACUACUAUUCCAUUAUUUCGGCGACACAUUCCCAAAUGGAUACAUUGGAGUCGACAUGUUAUUCGUGUUGUCCGGCUACCUGAUGACAAUGAUAUUGGGCUCAUCGAAAUCGCUGGAUUCGGCGUCGAACCAACAAUUCUACUAUCGCCGAAUCAAACGAAUCGUGCCGCUCUUCAUGUUCACCAUAUUUGGUGCAACGCUUCUCGUCUUUCUAUUAUUCCCGCCAACGUUCAUCUCGAUCAAUUGCGAUUCGGCGUUCACUUCAAUGUUUCUCUUCAAGAAUGUCGCCGAGUCGCUCGCCUAUUUUCAAAAGAUGAGUCAAGCCAACGAUCUAUUCGUCCAUUUAUGGUCGAUAUGUGUCGCUGCUCAAUUCUACCUCCUCUAUCCGCUUCUACUCCUUACUUUGAACCGAUUCCCCAACUACCGCAUCCAUUCGCUGAUCGCCAUCAUCAUUCUGAGUUUUCGACACCACGCCACCUCAGACCCAAUAACCUCAUUUUAUUGCGUGUUCGCGCGUCUAUGGCAAUUCGCGUUUGGCGCCCUCUCAUUCUACACCGCCGAAUGUUUCGAUGAGAUCGUUGCGCGCCCAAAACGCGAAUUCCUUCUACUCGAUCAAGAUUACGAUAUCGACGAGAUCGAGGACCUUGAAGUGAACCUCGAGAAGCGCGAGAAGACCAACUCGCCAAUUGAGCACAACCAAUGGCAAUUCAAUAUUCUGGUGACCGCCACCAUCUCAUGCCUGCUAAUCCUAUCAGCCUACCCAAAAGCGUUGGAGCCAAUCGCAUUGAGAAUGAUGGUCACCGUGAUCACUGGCACCCUGAUUGUCGCCGGCAAGUUCGUCGAGUGUCAUCCAUUGGAUAACAAAUUGCUCGUCUAUCUCGGCGACAUCUCCUAUUGCCUCUAUUUGGUGCACUGGCCCGUAUUUGUGUACGCCAAACACAAUUUCGACGAGCGUUUUUUGAUCUACGCGAGUUUCGCGCUAAUCUCCAUCAUUCUCUCGUCUCUUCUCGUCGAGACCCUCGAGACAUUCCACCGUAGGCUUCCGACGACUACCGCGUUGGCGCUUCUCAUCGGCGUACUGUACCUAGCAACACUUACUAUGCGCUUCGUCAAACCGUCAAAUACUCGAUUCAAUGAAGACGACGUGAGACUCUCGAAGUAUUUGGAGCGUGACGUCGAGAAGCUCGACUUCUCCGAUAUCAGUCGAGACAACGCCGUCAUUCUCAACAAGAAAUGGGCUCGCGAUGAGGCCGACUCGAAUCGUCCGCCCAAUUGCGAGCCGAGUACGUCAGAGCACGGCUACUGCGAGUUCGAGGCGUCGCGUCUCAACGGCGAUUUGACGACGCUUAUCAUCGGCAAUAGUUUCGCGCCAAAUCUCGCCGAUUUGAUCUACAAAAUUGCUGGCGAUUUUUCGAAGAAAAUCGUCAAAUUUAGUGCGCCAGAUUGCGCGGUUCUCACAAUCAACGAGCCGAAUUGCCGACCGGUGUAUGAGCAAUUCAUCAAAAUUGCGAACACCACGAAACCCGAUGUGAUGUUCAUUCUCGACAACAAUUCGAAGCUAACGCGCCCCAUUGCCACCGACGAUUUUGUGAUGGUCGAGGCGCAAAACACGUUGCGAAUUUACGAGGAAAUCGUCUCUCGACGAAUCUAUCACCUCGACGCCAUGUGCGCUCCAUUGCGACCGACGCUCGCCGAAUUCGCGCGGCUCCUUGAAAACGGCCACCAACUGACGCAGGAGGAUUUCGUCAUCGACUAUCGAUUCAGUUUAGGACAGCUGCGUGUCAAAGAGCUCGUCAAACGGUGUCGAACGUGUGAUGUCAUUCGUGUUCACGAUGCGCUCAACGAUAAGAGUUUCGACGAGGCGACGAGUCUCGCAUACUUCUAUGAUGGCGGCCAUUUGACGCCGAUGGCGAAGAAAAUUAUUUGGCCCCUGUUUCGAAACCUCACCGCCGAUUUUCGGAACAUGUCAAUGAUUGCUGGCUAA